CUGCGGACCCUCCGUGGAUCCAUUUUGGAGGAUGCCCUGCCCCUCACCGCUCGCCAUGCCUCUCCCCGGGGCGUCCCUCCCAAGAAGCUGCUGGAGCACAUCAUGCCAGAGCUCAACCUGCCGUGUCUCCGUCUCGCUUCCAGCUCCCCGAAGGUCCCUGAGACGUUGCUGAAGUUGGAUGAGCAAGGGCUUAGUUUCCAGCGCAAAGUUGGGAUCCUGUAUUGCCGGGAGAAACAAGGUUCGGAAGAGGACAUGUACAAUAACGAGAAGGCCGGGCCCACCUUUGAAGAGUUCCUGAACCUCUUGGGAGAGCGAGUCCGCCUGCUCGGCUUCGACAAAUACCGUGCGCAGCUGGACAACAAGAACGACUCCACAGGGACUCACUCCUUGUAUACCACAUAUCAGGAUUAUGAGAUUAUGUUCCACGUCUCCACCAUGUUGCCCUACACACCAAACAACCGCCAGCAGCUGUUGAGGAAACGACACAUUGGCAACGACAUUGUCACCAUCAUCUUCCAAGAACCGGGAGCCCUCCCCUUCACACCCCGCUUGGUUCGUUCCCAGUUCCAGCAUGUUUUCAUUGUGGUUAGAGUACACCAUUCCUCCAUGGAUCAUACCACCUACAG